AUGUCACCUGAACUGCCUAACCUUAUGCACACUCAGUACAAAAAGUAUCAGGACUUAAAGAACAACUUGAAAAGCAAUGAAAUCAUUGUUCAUGUUGACUUUUCAGAGAAUUAUGACAACAAACAGCAACAUGCCAUACAAAGCGCAUACUUUGGAUAUCAGUCUUUCUCACUGUACACAGUGUGUGUUUACCACGUGCAGAAUGAUAAAGUGAAAACACAGAGUUACGCCUUAGUCACAGAAACUACAGAGCACAGCAGUACAGUUGUGUUUGGCUUAAACCGAUAUCUUCUGCAAAUGCUGAAGUCAAAGUUUGAAUUUGACACAGUUCAUUUUUUCUCAGAUGGCUGUUCUGCACAGUUUCGAAGCAAACACUCAUUCAUGCAUUUUACAAAAUUUGACCCCUCUCUUAAAUUCUACUGGAACUACUUUGAAACGAGUCAUGGCAAAGGGCCAGUUGAUGGAGUUGGAGGAACAGUGAAGUCUGUUGUCUACCGCAAAGUCAUGAGCAAACAAGUUGUUAUACAGAACCCAAAGCACUUUGCAGAGUAUGCAAAUAGUGUCCUCAAAGGAAUCGAUGUGCUCUUUGUUGGGGCUGAGGAAAUGUCAGUAGAUGAAUCUGAAGAGGACUCAGUUGUAAUUCCAGGCACGCUUAAAGUCAGAUAUGUGGAACGGAUCAUUCAGAAAGGAUCUGUCCUUCUCAAGUUCUCCACAGAAAGUCCUUUCGGUCCUCCUGAUUUCCACAUUGAACCAUUUCGUACAAUGAUAUACCCCAACACUCCCAACAAAUGCACACCAAACAUGGAUCCAGGUGACCAAUCCAAACAAACUAAAGAUGAGAUUGGAACACAACCUUCAGUUGGUCAGUGGUAUGCUGUAUACUUUGAUGAUUUCUCAUACUGGUACAUUGGCAUGGUUAUAGAGUUGAAUGAAAAUUCAAGCAUGGCCAAACUGGACUUCCUGCAACAGAGCGGUUUAGACAAAAACCUCUUCAACAGAAACAAAAGCGAUGUGUCCUGGGUGGAUGUAGAAAACAUAUUCUACAAGCUAGAGGCACCAUACCCACUUUCCUUUUCAAGGACAUCAACGCUCAUUAUGAAUGACAGAGAUUUCAGAGAGGUCAAGCGAAUCUUUGCUGAAAAGUUUUCAAAGUAACCUGCAUGUUUAAGUGUAUGAUGUUGAAACAGGAAAAACAUAAAUAACUUUGUAUUGGGGGUAUCUGGCAUACGUACAGCUUUGAUGAAACUCAGUAAUGUAUUGUUCUGUUCAGAAAGCAUCAGUAGCUGAUAAGAUUAUUACAGGUAUCUGUCAGGGAUAACAAUGUUUAAUGCGAAAUAGGUACUGAUCUUCCUUAAAAGCCUGUAAUUUUUUUAAUGUGUUUACUAAGCAUUUCACAUUUAAACAGAAUGACUUUUUUCUUGAAUGUUUACAAAUUUAAAGCACCAUCCAAACAUAUCUUGCCAGUGAUGACAUUGAUUACAGUUUGUCUUUGAAAAUUUGUUUCAUUUGUAAUUUCAGUAUUAAAGUGAAGUUACUGGUAAGAAUCUGUUCUUACUUUCUAAAACUUAAAUUUGUAUAGAAUGUGGACCUGAAUGACAAUUUUUAGAGACCUGCUUGAAAAUACAAUUUAUUAUUUGUUUUUGUACAUGUACAUUCCACUUAAACAUCAACUGCAAAAACAUGUCGGAUGGAAUGCGACAUGUCGGACGGAAUUUCAGGCAACUUUCUCAAAUAAUUGCAAGAAGCUUGUCUGUUUAUUCAAUUUAAUUGCCAAGUUAGUAAGCACAGGUAGCUACCUAAAGGCCUCUAUCAUUAAAAACCAAUUUCUUUGAACUUUGUUUUUGGUCAACAUUUCAAUUCCGUCCGACAUGAUUGAUUCCGUCCGACAUGGUGUUGGUUCAAUCAAGCCAAACUAAAAAUGACAAGGUCUGGUAAACAAAAGCUCUGUCUUAAUACAAGUGUUGAUAGUUACUCUUCUUCACAUAAAACACAGAAAAAGAUAUCCCCUCAACUUUUGAUAACAUUCGAUUUUGUUCAUGAAAUUUUGAGUACGCUCAUUUUUAUCGAUUCCGUCCGACAUGUUAACAUUACUCUUUAUAACAAAUAAAGAAAAGUGUUGAAUUUGGAA